AUGCAGCCUGAUAAAGAACUGAAGGAAGACAGCAGCUCUGCCUCUCACCACAGGUAUCUGAAAGUUGAUUUAGGCAUCAUGUCAGUUAACAACUAUAGUGAACACCACCAGAACCAAACAAGAGAAAUUAUAAUGCUGGAGGGAACUUUAUGUCCACAAAGGAUUGGUGGGAUGCAAGAGGACUGUAAUCUGGUCAGUGAGUCAAGUGGUGAAUGGAAAAUUCUACUUUCAGCCAGAGUGGGCAAUACUGAGUUAAAAGGACUUGAUUUAGAAGGCUAUUUUAGUGAAGAAGUCUUCCAGAAAAUUCUUCUUUAUUAUAUUACUCAUCAAAGAGACAUCUGUCCAUCAAUGUUUAGUCAGUGGAACCAGGAUUAUAAAUUUUACCUAACUAGUAUGCUCAGUUGAAGAAGCAAUGAAGUUUUCUCUUGGAAUGAAAUUGAAGAUGUAGUGGAAGCAAUAAGGAAACAUUUAAAAAUAUCUGAAUACCAGUAUCUAAAUGUGUACAAAUACCUAAGUGUUCUGGAAAGGAAAGCUGCUUUCCUGAACAGCAGUGGUGCUGAUGAAAGUAUCAUUUCCCAACUGGGUGCUGCCAUUCUCAGGUUGGCCCUACAUGGAAUCUGCCUGACUAAAACACGUUUACCUUCACCAUAAUUCUUUAUGCAAUAUAUUUUCCAUUCUUUAAACAGCACUAAUGAACUCCAUAUAACAGAAAGGAAAAAAAUCUCAGUUUUACUUAUGACAAUUGGAUCUAUGUUUGGCACAAUUCUCAUUCUAUUUAAUUCCUGUUAAGAAUGUUACACCCUCAUUUUACAGCUAUUUGUGGGGUUAGCUGUAGGAACUCUUUCUAGAGGUCUACUACAUCUUAUUCCACAGCAGCCAGGAGUGAAAUAUAAAUCCCCCAAUGGAUCGUUACAGGUCCAAGCACUGAAUAUUUUACCUACCAGAGAUUUUGCAGUACUGUUAAGUACAGGUCUUUCUUCAAAGAUUGCCAUUUUAAUGAACUUCUUAAGUGCUCUAACUGCUUUCAUAGAACUUUACAUUGGCCUUUCAAUAUCAAAAGAUCUUUGCAUUAAUUACUACACCACACUGACUUUUUAUAUUAAUAUAUUUGGCUCUCUUACUGCUGCCUCAUUCUUUUUUUAGCUUCCUGAAAUGACUCACAUCCAGACACAGAGGCCCUGGUUGAUGUUUCUGCUACAGAACCUUGGAUUACUAUUAGGUUGGUUCUCCCUCUUGCUUCUAACGAUAUUCUUUCUAACCUUCUCACAUUGUACAUGGGCAUGA